GGUCUCUGCUGUUUGUCCAGCCGUCGCUCCAACAAUGCAGCUUUUAAUGGAGCUCUGAGAGGUACGAGAUGGAAACGCUGCAACGCCGCAGGCUUGUCCGGACACGGUAGUCGGUCAGGUUUAACAUUGCGACAAUUCUGCAGUUUGUCAGACCUUGCAGCCGGAUUUGACUGAGUUUUAGGACAUUCUUGACUCUCCUGCUGAGGCACCUGUACUAAGAAGAAAAAGGAGGAGACUGCUCUUUAUUGUUUCCUGACUGCAUGGUCAGAAAAUGAGAACAUCUGAGAUGGAAACAACUGACCCUCCCAGCUAUCUCAUUACCCCGUGAGUAGCUAUGCCUGCCCUGGAUCACCCAUCGAGGGGCACCCCUCCACAAAUGUGGGACUGUUUUCUUACAUAGAUUUGGAGCAACAGCUAAAUGACACAAUAGAAAUGGCAUUGGCUUAUGCGGGCUAUGACACAUCAGAGUACAUAUUAGAGUACAGGUGAGGCUCAACCUCUAGCCAAUACCAGCAGGACUCUUAAGAGGGGGCACACAGCCUCAGAUGACCUUUGCAGAAGGACAGAGUUACACCCAAGCUUUAAUGAUUUAGUAUCCAUCCCACUGCCUUGUUGACAAGGUCGACCAUGGCUGCUGCUGAUCCCCAUAGCAACGGUUCCUUGGUGGGGCGAGGAACAGAGUGAGAAGGGUCAACGAUGCAGCGUAACGGUGGUGGGGUAGGUGUCGGCGGCCAGCCAUGGGUGUUGCGGCGUGUGCGUCUCACGUGGCUCAGUUUCAUGCUCUUCUUCAUCCUGGUCUUCUUCCCACUUAUUGCUCACUACUACCUCACUACCAUUGAUGAAGCUGGGGGUCCAGAUAAGCGCAUGUUCGGCCCACGACCUGGUGGUGAGCUGUGUGAGGCCAAACAUGUGCAGGACCUGUGCCGCAUUCGUGAGUCUGUCAGUGAGGAGCUGCUGCAACUGGAGGCCAAGAGGCAGGAGCUCAACGGGGAGAUCGCCCGACUCAACCUACGCAUCGAGGCUUGUAAGCGCAGCAUUGACAGUGCCAAGCAGGAUCUGCUACAGUUGAAGAAUGUCAUUAGCCAGACGGAGCAUUCCUAUAAAGAACUGAUGGCCCAGAACCAACCAAAGCUGUCAUUGCCUGUCAGGUUGCUGCCUGACAAGGACGACCCAGGACUGCCCCCACCUAAGUCUUCGCGCUCUUGCCGCCUGCGCUCCUGCUUUGACUAUGCGCGCUGUCCGCUUACAUCAGGAUUUCCUGUGUAUGUCUAUGACACAAGCUCCUAUUCAUGGGGGGACUACCUUGACCCUUUGGUGAAGCAGGCUUUUGCAGCAUCCGUUAAAAGCAACAUUUAUGUGACUGACAACCCCAGCAUCGCCUGUCUGUAUCUGGUGCUGGUAGGGGAGCUGCAGGAGUCCUCCUCCCCACAGCCUUCUCCUGCAGAGCUGGAGAAGCAGCUGAAAGCACUUCCUCACUGGAGAUCUGACGGACACAACCAUGUACUGGUGCAUCUCUCUAGAAAGUCUAUGACACAGAACUUCCUGUAUAAUGUGAGUGCAGGACGAGCAGCAGUUGCUCAGUCCACCUUCCUGGAGCAGCAGUAUCGUGAGGGCUUUGACUUGGUUGUGUCCCCACUGGUUCAUGCCCUCUCAGAACCAAACUUUUUGGAAGUGCCACCUCAAGUUCCUGUAAAGAGGAAAUACCUUUUCACUUUCCAGGGUGAGAGAGUGGAGUCCUUAAGGAGCAGCUUACAGGAGGCACCCCCUCAGUCUUUUGAGGAGGAAAUGGAGGGAGAUCCACCAGCUGACUAUGAUGACCGCAUAAUUGGAACAUUAAAGGCAGUGCAGGAUAGCCACUUGGACCAGGUGUUAGUGGAAUUCACCUGCAAAAACCCUAGGUCAAGUUUGCCAACAGAGUGGGCUCUCUGUGGAGAGCGGGAGGACAGACUGGAGGUCCUCAAGACUUCCACCUUUGCCCUGGUGAUUGCUGCAGGGGAUGGACAACUGGUGGCCUCAGCAGGCUGUGGGAUGAGGCUAUUUGAGGCCUUGGAGGUAGGAGCCAUCCCAGUUGUGUUGGGGGACCACUCAAGAUUACCUUACCACCAGUUUAUCCGCUGGAGUGAAGCUGCCAUUAUAGUCCCCAAACCACGUGUUACAGAGCUACAUUUCCUGUUGCGCAGCCUAUCAGACAAUGACAUGUUGGCUAUGAGGCGGCAGGGCCGCUUUCUGUGGGAGACCUAUUUCUCGACAUCAGAGAAUGUUCUUAACACGAUCUUGGCCAGUAUCAGAACCAGCAUCCAAGUUCCUGCCGCACCCAUUAAAGAAGAGCCAGCCCACGAGAUUCCUCACAAAGCUGGAAAACUGGCAGGGACUGACGCGAACCUGGCCGACAAUGGUGAUCUGGAUUUGGGUCCUGUUGAGACAGAGCCCCCCUAUGCCUCUCCUCGCUAUCUCCGCAACUUCACAUACACUGCUUCAGACAUCUACAGAGCAUGGAACCGAGCCCCGGGGCCUUUCCAUCUUUUUCCUCACACUCCCCUUGACCCUGUGCUGCCCUCUGAAGCCAAAUUCCUGGGCUCUGGUACUGGUUUCAGGCCUAUCGGUGGAGGUACGGGAGGCUCUGGGAAGGAGUUUCAGGCUGCUCUGGGUGGGAAUGUACCCCGAGAACAGUUUACUGUGGUCAUGUUGACUUAUGAGAGGGAAGAGGUGCUGAUGAACUCUCUGGAAAGGUUGAAUGGACUGCCAUACCUUAACAAGGUAGUGGUGGUGUGGAAUUCACCAAAGCCUCCUUCAGAUGACCUACUGUGGCCAGACAUCGGUCUGCCCAUUGUGGUUGUCCGCACAGAAAAAAACAGCCUCAAUAAUCGCUUCCUUCCUUGGGAUGCUGUGGAAACUGAGGCCAUCCUGUCCAUUGAUGACGAUGCUCAUCUCCGCCAUGAUGAGAUCAUGUUUGGGUUCAGAGUGUGGCGUGAAGCCAGAGAUCGUAUCGUAGGUUUUCCUGGGAGGUACCACGCAUGGGACGUCAACCAUCAGUCCUGGCUCUACAACUCCAACUACUCAUGUGAACUCUCCAUGGUCCUGACCGGAGCUGCGUUCUUUCAUAAGUACUAUGCGUACCUCUACUCCUAUGUGAUGCCCCAGGCCAUCAGAGACAUGGUGGACGAGUACAUAAACUGCGAGGACAUUGCCAUGAACUUCCUCGUCUCUCACAUCACCCGCAAACCACCCAUCAAGGUGACAUCUCGUUGGACUUUCCGAUGUCCUGGAUGCCCUCAGGCUCUCUCACACGAUGACUCACAUUUCCAUGAGCGCCACAAGUGCAUCAACUUCUUCGUCAAGGUGUACGGCUAUAUGCCACUGCUAUACACACAGUUCCGUGUAGACUCAGUGCUGUUUAAGACUCGUUUACCCCAUGACAAGACCAAGUGCUUCAAGUUCAUCUAGCAUCGAGUCCAACAGUGAAAAGAGCCAAAUCAGAGUGGAUUGAAGGACUGUAAGUAUUUAAAGAGAAGAGCAGCUCCCACUGCAAGCAGUCAUGAAGACGGAUAAAUGGACAGCAAGAUAAAUGCAGAGUUUUGGGUAAGGAUGUUACCCAGGCAGAUAGACAGGUUAACCUAAAAAGAUGUUGGCUGGUGGUCUGAUCCACAACUCUCCUGACAAUUUGAAGAGUGGAAGCUGAAAGGGACCACUGCCAACAAAGUAAGCCUUUUCAGUGGAUGUCACUCCUCUUUUUUCACAUCCUUCAAUCAUGUUCAAUCAUCAACCACUAACCACAGAUAUUAUUUACACCUCUUAACUGGCUGCUGAGGAAAGAGGGCAGUUGUACACAGUGUACAGAAACUCACCCAGGCUAAAGUCUACCAGACAGUGGAACUAGUGGAUAACUGACGCCAAGUUGCGUUCGGCCCAGCGGACUGUCAACGGUUCCAGCUGAGUGAGGAAAAAGUGACAACGGCACACAGCUGCCACUCCGCUUUUUUGUUUUUCCAUUUUACAACUACAAACUGUACUUCCUGUACAUGUACGUGAGAGAAGCACUGACGGUUAGAAGUAUUUUAUUGAACCUUUUUUAACAAUGUUGUUUAAAUGUGUAAAUCUUUAUGUGGAGUGAACAUUUACCAGAACCUCUGCCUGUUGGAGAUCAGAGCGAGACAGGACCUUGACUGAAAUGUAAAACAGGUCAGCCCAAUCAUGUUUAAGUAGUAAUUAAGUGCUUGAGAGGGAAUUCACUUCAGCGGUCACCAUAAUGCCUCAAAUCUGUCAUGAAAACCAGCCGCCAUUUGUCAUUUUUUGUUAAUGCUUACAUGAUGUACACUUUGUGUGAGUGUUCAAACGGCCUGUUUUUUAUGCUACGGGGUGUUUGCAGAUGUUUGUACAAUUGGUCCAACUUUAAUGAAAUCAUGCCUAAACAUAUUAAUAUCGACUAGUUAACAGUUACAUCAUCCCAAACUGACGUGCAAAAAAAGUCACUGCUGCCAAAAUCAACAAAAAUUAGUUUUGAUUUUUAAUUGAGUUAUGCAGAAAGUCUUCAGUGAAGUGUAAGAGUUGUGGCAUCACUGCAAAGAGAACAAUUUGCUAUUUUAUUUUAGAUACACUUGCAUGCUUUCUGGCAGCAAGUUAGAUGGAAAAUCAAUACUUGUUAAAUUGGUCUGUUGAAUAUGAAACGGCCAACAGCUGCUUAGCUUGGCAAAAAAUAAAGACUGGAAAAUGGAAGACACUGGUCUGGAUCUGUGGAAAGGUUACAGAUACUGUCUAGUAGCACCUCUAAAGCUCACUAACUAAUGCAUCAUUUAUUUUAUGAGCAGUUACUAGGCAACCAGUAGAAACACGAGGAAGUUAAUGGUCCCUGUCAAGAAAUAGUCCAGCACAUAUCACAAAAACAUAAGUUGUUGCUUUUUUUUUUCUGUAUGAAGCAAAAGAUGCGCAAUGUGUUAAUGUUUGAGCUUUAGAAGAUUUCAUUCCUGUUGUAACCAUUUCCAGUCUUUAUCUUAAGCUCUACUAACCAGCUGUAUGAGAAUGGUGCCAGUCAGCUUCUCUAACUCAUCUCCCAAAAUAUAGAACUUUUUUCUCUAAUAUAUAGCCAGUUCUGGACAGGCCAGGUCACAUUCAUGUCGUCCCUCCAGAUAGAACUUUCCCACCUCAGACAGAAAUGUCACUUUUGCAGUGUUGCCAUGUUGGUUUCACUCUCUUUUAUCAUUGCUUGAUGAAUGUUUUCUUUGCCAAAUAGGUACGAUGUCUACUGCUUUACUGCGUAAUUUGCAGGGUGCACAGUGUUACUGCUAGCUGAAGUGAUGCAGUCUGGUACACCCAUAUCCACUCUGCAUGGUACCACACCAGGAGUCCAUCCAUUGGAGCCCAACCCAUCAUGUAAUAUAAAUCCAAAGUCCUUUAGUUGACCGUGUCAGAGUUGAUUCCUGUAAUCUGAACAAAAGACAAACCUAAAAACAUCCCCAGAUUAUGUUCUGGUUGUUAGGAUGCUUUUAUGACACAAACCUCUCGUAAGUCCAUGGUUCCUGUAUAUUUAUUGAAUAUAUUAUUAAAAAAAGAUUUUUUUAGAAACUGACUGAGACAUGCAAUAAAACAAAAAGACAUUACAGGGUUUUUUUUUUGUUUUUCUUACACAAAGAAGUCCCAACCAUGUUGAGCCGUUAAAUUUGUGUCAUUGCCAAGGAAAACUAGCUAGUGCCACUGCUUUGGGGGACCUCACUGACCUGAGAGCAGCAAGAUCACUGGUUGUUCCAACUGUCGACCUGUAACUAGUGUCAUAAAUUGAUCUUCAGUGGAGACCACUUGUCUUUGAAGCCAAAUCAUCAUCUAAUCCUAGUGGUUACUACUGUUCCCUCCUGUAAAACAUAAAAAUACUGGGUCAGGUCUGUUUAAUUAAGAGUGACAAACAAGGAGCAAGAUGCCAUGUUAGUAUGGUGAUGCAACUAGAACAGGUCCACGUUUUUUUUUCUUUUUGUUGCUGCACCAUACUUGGAAAAACCAUCCUGGCUUCUAACCUACUCGCCACAUCUCAACACCUUUAUUGGAGCUCCAGGGGCCUCAUGAUUACCUGGCUGACUAAACCAGCCCUCAAGGCACACUUUGGGUCAGCUGGUGUUCCUCCCCUCUGUGGUUUCCUCCCCUCUGUGGUUCCCCCCCCCCCCCCCCCAAGGAUCUGAGGCACAGCUGGUUUUCCGUGGCUCAGAGCUGGAUGAAUUUGCCUGGAAGGCCGUAGUCUACUACUUCGUGUACAGAGUUGUGAAACUAUGUGCUCUUGGGUCUGAUCCAUGACUGUGGGCGAGGCUCCAGCCACCUGCAGUGCUGCUUGCGCUGUACCAGACUGUUGACAGAUGACAGCGUGAAACAUACCAUUGAAGGCCAGAUGAAUGGAAAUAAAAACUCUCAAUAUUGUUAAAA